AUGCUUUCUCGCGCUUGCCGUCCGUCCCUUAGAUUGCUUCAGCAGCCGUCCCUCUGGUCUGGGUCUCGAAGCUUUUAUACCAGUGGAAAGAGCUACCAACCUCAAACGACAAGUUCUGCCUUAGACAAACGAAGUACUGCAAGCGAUACGAAGCACGCUGCUAGUGACUUGGUGCUUGGUGACACGCAGGCAGAAGCCCACACAUCGGCAGAAAUACCCCAAGUCGUUUUCUCAGGCAUUCAACCAACUGGUGUCCCUCAUUUGGGAAAUUAUAUCGGAGCACUCCGCCAAUGGAAAAACUACCAUGAUGCAAGCUUUAGCGUAGAAGCCACCACCAGACACUCAACAGAACAGUACUUCUCGAUUGUUGAUCUUCAUGCUCUCACUGCGAGUUUGCCCAAGGAGCAACGGAAGCAGUUGCGAAAGGAGUCCUUCGCUUCCCUACUCGCGAUAGGUCUGAAGAACACAGGAACAACUACCGUUUUCUUCCAGUCCCAUGUCUCCCAUCAUAGUGAGCUUAUGUGGAUACUUAGCAACGUGGCUUCGACUGGCUACCUUUCCCGAAUGACGCAAUGGAAGUCCAAAUUGAAUCUUCCUGAUGAGACAUCAUUGGAUGCUGAUGAAGCUACUGCUGUUUUGAAGCUUGGACUGUUCUCCUAUCCUGUUCUACAAGCUGCGGAUAUUCUUCUCUAUGACACGACACUUGUGCCAGUGGGUCACGACCAGUUGCAGCAUGUUGAAUUUACUCGGAAUCUGGCUCGAAGUUUUAAUUCCUACCUGACGGAAGCUGAUGGGAAACCUGUCUUCACAAUUCCAGAGGCAGUUGUCGUCCCUGGAAAAAGAAUCAUGUCACUCAGAAAACCAACCCAGAAGAUGUCCAAGUCAGACACUGAUCCAAGAUCACGAAUUUCAAUUAUUGACUCGCCAGAAGAGAUCCGCCAAAAGCUGAGGGCAGCUGUCACAGAUUCGUUGACGGAGAUCUCGUACGACCCAGAGACACGGCCUGGUGUCUCAAAUCUCAUUGAGAUCUACAAGCACGUAACAGAGAUCCCUGCAUCUUGUCACGAAAUUGCUCGGGACAAUCAAAAUCUUUCUAUGAAAGGGCUAAAGGACAUGGUUUCCACAGCCAUAAUCAAGGAGCUUGGAGACAUACGUCCGCGGUUUCUACAGCUUAUGAAGCAGGACAAUGAGAUUCUCACAGAGGAGAUCGCACUUGGUGCCUCUAGAGCACAAUCCAAGGCAGGAGCUGUUUUCUCAAACGUUCAAAAGUCUUUGGGCAUUUCAUAG